UUUUAACUCCCGGAAACGCCGGUAAAGUGCUUCAAACAUGUAAACAAGAAUGGAAGCAACGGCUCUCUCAGCUGUAUGGAGGGAAACAUUAGUAUUGUGCAUUGCGUAAAGUCGCCACCGUUAUAUACUGGACUACAAUGCUGCUGUUUUCAGGUUGUACUAUGGACUCUACUAAGGAAAAUGAACACGAUGAUGGUGAGGAAGGCGGCAAAGACGAUUUCUACUUUAUUGAGGAUUGCAGUAGUUCAGGCGGCGAAGAAGAGGUCAAGUUCAGUCACCAAAAACCUCACAGCAGCUGCAGAGAAGCUGCACGGCUCAGCAGGGAAUGCUCUCCUCCGCUCCUCCUGGAAUUCAGCAUCAAUCCUGGACGGCCGCUGCACAGCAGGACGAGUCCUACUUCCAGUUUGGACUUAAGGGAGGAGGACAGUGACCAGCCCGUCGAGGAGUGGAUGAUCCUGGGAAAAGAAGAGCAGGUGGAAGACUCAAGUAUCCAGCUCAACCUGAGCUACUGGAACAGCUCUGAGGAUGACUCUGGAGAUGAAGAUCAGACUGUGAUACCAGUUAAGGAUAUCUGGGCUGUAUCAGAGAAAGACAAGUGGGGUGCUGAUCAGUCUCUGCCCAGCCGAUAUUUUGUGCCUGGUCGUUCUCUGAUCUGUAACAUCUGUAACAGGACGGGACACCUUGCCAAAAGCUGCUACUACCACAAACAGAAAUGUCCCACCUGUGUCCUUUGUGGGAUCCAGGGCCACAUCCAGAGGGACUGCACGGGCCGCCCAUGCCCCAGCUGUGGACUGCCUUCACAUGGCUUCACGCCCUGUGAAAGGCCCCCGGUGUGGAACCAGCACUGCGAGCGCUGUGGGAUGACGGGGCACCUUUCUGAUGCCUGUCCUGAUACAUGGAGACAAUACCACUUGACAAUCUGGUUAGAGGUUCCACUCAGGCCAUUGACCAACCACACCCUAAAACAUAAGCAUUACCCAGCUUAUUGUUACAAUUGCUCUGAGAGGGGACAUUAUGGCUACGAGUGCACUAAGAGGAGGAUGGUCAGUGGGACUUGUCCUUCACUGCCCUAUGUUUGCCACUAUGACACCAUGGAGGACAUCCUCCAACGUCGUACCAGGAUGCAGAGACAAGCCAAAGAGCUUGUAAGUGCUGGAUACCUGCCUCUCUCGGACCAGCAGCAGUGGUCUGAACGAACAGGGGAGAGCGGUGAGGAGAAUCAGCCGGUCCAUGGGAAAAGCAGGAGAAAGCAGGAGACCUGUAGCCAGGCUGGCAGGAGGAAGACAUGGCCAGAGAGGCGCAAAGAGAGAAGGGAGGUGAAGAGGCUGAGGAGAGAGGCUCAAGCCAGACGAGAGGGAGGAUUACUGGGGAGAUCUCCAGGGACCUUUGAUGAUGAAGUUUGCUCUGCAGAUCCCUUCAGGUCCCCGCUCCACGGUCAUAGACAGUCCACACCCCCUACACAGAUGAAGAGGAGGGAUGAGGCGGGUGGCAGAAGGAACAAGAAGAGCAGAGAGACAGAGAGGUGGAAGAAGAGAAGAGGGAUAAAGUAUGGGGAUUUAUAUCCACAUGGUGGUGUAGACAUUGGUAGUGAAAACCUUCUUUCCCCAAAACAAAGAGUACGCCACAGAAGAAGAUAAAGUGUGAUUACAAUUAUUUUUUAUUUUUAAAGCUUAAAAAUUGUAACUGUAUAACAAAAAUUAAGUUUGUAUCUGUCUUUGAGUGAUUAAUUUAUUUAAACACAGAACAGUUGAAGAAUGCUCAUCUCCAGUGUAACUGUUAUGAAUGUACUUUAAGCUUGUUCUGCAAGAACAUCUACUAUUAGUAGUAGUAGAUUGGCUGUGCCAGUUUUUGUGCUUGUACAGUUUUCAUCAUACAGUAUUUUGGAAUAUGUUUUCACAUUAUGCCUGCUUUUUCUGCUUGUGUUGUAGUGUGUGAUUUGUUAGCCUCUUAAAAAUAAUGCUAGUUUAACAGUAAUGUAUAAUUUUCUGUUAAUAUGAUACUUGAAAUCAGGUAAAAGCCACUUUGUAAAGUGCAUUAUUUAUACUGUAAAAACAACGACAAUAAACAUGUAUUUCCAGAUAAUCUCAUGUAU